CCUGACGGCCCUCCGUUUCGACCAUUCACGAGCACUCACCACCAUGUCACCAAAAGCCGUUAUAUCACUAGCAAUGACUCUCGAGGGUAUAUACCUGUGUAUGAAUAUCCCUUGAGAGGUCAGUGGAUCAUGAUGGAUGCAGAUGAUGGUUAUAUUCUUUGGACGGGUAUUUGGAAAGCCCUUGGGAACUCGAAAGCGGACAUAAUCAAGAUGAUCGAGUCGCAGCCUGAGCUGGCCGGACAAAUUCGCAGAGUACGAGGGGGCUACUUGAAGAUACAGGGGACCUGGAUGCCUUAUGAGGUCGCACUCCGACUAGCUCGUCGCGUGGCCUUCGAGAUUCGCUUUGAUUUGGUCCCCCUGUUCGGGUGGGUUCUAUGUAUGAUCAUCUCGAACUCGCCUGAUAUCUAA